UGCUUUGGUUUUGGCGAAGUUUGGGAAUUUUCACUGUUUGUGAUAGCGUUAAGGAAAUCACACCAUCCAUUUUUGCUACGAUCUGGGUUCUUUCACUUCCAACGUAUUGUUAGAAGGAAUUUAAACAUCUUCUGCGAUCGGCGAACACCUACGAAGGGAAAAUGCUCGUCGAUUUGAACGCCCUGCGUCACAAACGGUUCACACUUGUAGAUUUGACGCUCUAGCUAUUGGCUACCAGCUGGUGCUAAAGAACUUUAAUCAUAGCGGCUAUGCAGUCCUUACAGACCAUGGCAAAGGCUCCGACACAACCUGCCAACCUUCCUCCUCUCCAAGAUCUUCCUUCGUGGUCUAGAAACACUUUGGGAAGGAGAAAACAGCCGCGUCCAAUAAUUCGUGACCGCUUACAACCUAUAAAAUCGAUUAGAGAGGAAAUGGACGAAGGCGCGGACGAGAAAUCGAAUGAGAAGUCAAAUUUCUCGGGAAGGAUUGUUUCUGCCCCAUCUAGAGGACAUUUACUUGAUCAGAGUCAUAGGAUUGAUAACGUAGAGAAAAGAAUAGACUAUCUACGUACUCAACAUGCAGAAACAUUGUCCAAUUUGCAUAGCGAAAUAGAACGAUUAAAAGCUGAAAACAAAGAACUGAAUUUCAAACUGGUCAUGGCACGAACAGGAGUUAAUCUUCCAAAAGAUGAUGGAACAUCUCCUAGUCCAGAAGAAAGUAAAUUGUUACAAUCUUCUAGCCCAGGUGAGUUGUCAUUUAGCAUAUUUUAAUGUUUUAUAGAGUCCUAAAGUGAUGACAUCACAAAAAUAAAAUUUUUAAAAUUGUGGGAUAUGAUGUCACAUUCUUUUAGAGGAUCCUAAAAGAUGCCCUCAUCCCAAAAAUUAGCUCAGAAUUGCAAUUCCUGAUAGAGAUAUAAGGGAUCAAAGUUUGAUAGCA